GUGUCGAUGGUCAAAAGGGAAAGAAAUGGGAGUUUUUCUUCAAACAAGCACUACGACCUUGUGUGAUGUUCUCGUUUGUUUGCUGCAGAGCAAGCCGGCAGUGUCUAUUGUAAUGAGAGAGCGCCAACUACGCUAUUGCUUCUGACUGAAGUAAACGUUGCAACGUGUUCAUGUUGAAGAUGACACCAACAAGAACCUUAUAUUAUUUAGAUACUCGCGCACCACGAAAAAAUGUCGAGCAUUGAGGCAGAAACUGUGCACAACACCUCUUGCAGCAGGAGCCUGACGUGAGCAAGAAGACGCGCGAGUAGAACUACCUGUCGCUGACGUUACCACGCGAGCGUGGGGACAGCUGAUCCACCGAAGGGAUGAUUCUUGCAAGAAAUACCUACCUUUCCCCCGGCGGAUCAUUGCGCUCCGCAGCCUCGAACACCUCCCUUCGGUUGCCAGCAUUCCAACACAAUACUGUAGUCGGUACCGCUCCUACUCUAACAGUAACAACAUCUUCUGCGUCUUCCUCUUCUUCUUCCAGAACUGUGCUUGGUUCCAGACAUGAUCUGCUUCUUCCACCCCGGCUACUUCUGCCACACCGGAGAACCUUCCUCACCGCCUCCCCAGCCCGCUUCGGGAAGGGGGUCGGUUACGGUAUUUCGGAGAACGUGAUCGGCGGUAACCGGGACACGCUCUACCACUACAAACGCGUCAGGCUGUCUAUGCAUCGUGGCAAAAUAAGUAUCGUAUUUGUACGGAUUGCGCUCUUGCACUUGCUCUUGCAUGGCAGAUGCAGAUCAUGUUGGUUACGACCUGAAUCUGCAUGACAAACGCAUUUUUGCUUUUGAAAGGAUCAUUUGUUGUGCAAUUACCACUCGUACGAUAGUUUUGCAAUGCAUACUUUCCAACAACCACCAGCUCCCCUUGGAGAGGCUCACGAACUUUUCCCGCGAGUGCGUUUUCGACAGCAAGCAGAAGCAGAGCGCGAAUAUGACAUAUGCAUAGAAAAAAACUGUGUAAGUGUAAGGUUGUAUAAUGCAAAGCUUGCAACAUAGUUACGCGUGUCAUGUUAGCCAGCCAGGAAAUCAUACGUUCAUAUGUGUUUUCACUGUACUAGCUGUGCAUGACAGGUUCCUGCUUCAUGCAGAACAUAUUUUUCACGCUGUCAUUUUUGCAGCACGAGAGCUGCACUCAACAUCGCCAGUUUUUUCUUCUGUAUAUGACCAAGCGCGACGCGACUGAGAAAACGGUGGAGUUCACCAAGUUUCCGGGCGUGGUCUCGAAACUGGGGGCAGAGUACUAUUUCCGCGAGGACCAGAAAUCGGAGCAGAUGCGGUUUUUUCACAUGCGGACGACGUCGCAAGACGUGGCUUUCGUGGGCUCGGUGGACAUAUCAAAUGCAAAAAUGUGUGGGUCUGGAAGGAUCCGAACUUGUGAUGCGAAUUCAACUACAGGCGCAAAUCUCUCAUGCAUAGACAGCAAAAGGUGCCUACUUCCUGUCACCAAAAAGGGGGAUUAAGCAUUACGGAGCAUUCUCGAAAUCUGUGAUGCUAGGGCUUCCAUAACAGACUUUCGGUGUCAUGCAAAAACAGCAUGACAAAAAUCUGCAUUCUUCCAGACCCAGACAUUUUUGCAUUUGAUAGGACAGCCGGAAGCGGGAGACGCGGACGGUGGAAAACUGCCUCCACGAGAACACCCGCGGCUACGUAUCAAAAGGAAAAAUCCCCCCUCCCCAUGUCAAAAUAAAAUUUCUGAUGCUGCAUUUGCGUACACAAAUCCGAUUUCUCUUGCAGUAAGGCAACGCAGCCAGAUCUUCGGCCUAGGUAGGGGCGUUUGGGUCUAGUUGCUUAGCAUUACAAACGGCUGUCCGCUAGGCGCAACAGCAUGCCAAAGCGCUUCCAUAAUGGCGCGGAAGCCUCUACACUUGUCUGCUUGCAAGACAGACGUGAUUUGUGGUCUCAAAUCAGCAACACAAACGCACCUGUUCGAUAUGGGGAUGGGGGAUUUUUCCUCGCAAUACUACGCGGCCCAGGUGAUUAUGGAGGGGCGCGGCGUGAAACUGUACUGGAACCCGGCGUAUCCAAAACUCGCCGGGCGAAAGGGCGUGGGGGACAAGGCGUAUCAACUGUAAAAAUGUCUGGGUCUGGAACUUUGCCCGACUUGUCAUGCAGGUUUUCCAUGACCCAUAUGAUCCGUAAUGGAGGACCUAGCAUGACAGAUUCCGUGAGAUCACUAUCAUGCCUAUCUUGCAUCAGAAACUGCCUCUCAACUCGCCGUUUCUAUGGAAACGCAUACAAAAGGGUGCGGGAAGCAGAUCGGUAAAACGUGUCUGAAAAGGACACGCCGUUGGGUCGUCCGCCAUCGUGAUAGGAUCGCCGUGGCUGAUCAUUAGACCCCCUGUAUAUUUUUUUAGCGCGCAACCGGCCACGCGCGUAGGUCUUCGAGCAAGUUUGUAAGACUAACCCAUCAAGGCAAUGCUGGAACUCCACCUUGCUCGCGGGCUUGGAUGGUAAGGCAGGUCAGCCACACAUCGCGCCCACUGGUUGCAGCCAUGCGUGAGCAAUCGAUAACGGUUCUGCAGGUGCAGUCGGGUGGUAGUUAGGAAGUGGGCCGCGUCUCCACCUAGGGGUAUCGGCAGAGGCUAAAUCUGUUCUAGCGCCCAGGUAUUGGCAGAGGCUAAAUCUGUUCUAACGCCGACCCGCCAGGAGUUAAAUGGUGCUACUACUACUAACUCGAUCAAAAGUGGGCAGCAUUUGGCAAUCAUGCAACACAGAUUUUUGCGUGAUUUAGAUUUAGCAUGACAAGUUCCAACCUUCCAGACUCAGACAUUUUUGCAGUGCAUAAGGCGCGCGACUUGACGAAGUUCUGCAAACUGGACCGGCAGUGCAAAAUCCACCUGAACAAGGUGGGAAAUCUCGCGACCGUCACCGGGCCGACGCGGUGUCAGGUGGGCAACGUGGCGAUGCGGUUGUUUUGGAAGUUGAAGCAGGGGGUCUAUACUGGAAAGGGAGCGAAGUUGGCCUUCAACUGGGUCAAGCGGAAGGCUAGGAACAAAAAAUAGUCCUAGUGUUGCAAUUCGAUCACCGUUCAGGUUCGUGAGACAAAACUAGAAGUAUAGCUUGUUCGAAUGACCACCUUGAUAUUUUUU